AUGUGGAACGACGAAGACAACAACCCGUACGGCGCAUUCGACAGUGAGGCCCGGCUGUCGGAAUCCCUGCACUCGACUACCAUUGAAUCGCCCUACAACCACGAAUACCCCCCUCCACCAUCCAGCCACUCAUCCAACCCUGACAUCUCCGACUUCUCGCAGCACCCUGAGGCGAGCGAUGACGAUGAAGAAGACUAUGGCGCUCAGCAGAGUGGUGCGGGAUACACCCGCAAGAGCGUAUAUGAUAGCCGCAUCGAACAGCUGCUCUACGAGAACCCGGAUAUGCCGAUUAUCAUCACCGACGCGGGGAAGAACCACGAGGGCGGGGGGAGCUUCAUUGUAUACACGAUACGGACAGGUGAUCUAGAGGUUCGGCGACGGUACUCGGAAUUCGCAUCCUUGCGGCAGACGCUCGUGAGCCUUCACCCGACUCUUAUUGUCCCACCGAUCCCGGAGAAACAUUCGAUGGCCGACUACGCUGCGAAGCCGACAAAGGCAAAGGAGGAUGCUGGGAUCAUCGACCUUCGAAAGAGAAUGCUGGCGGUGUUCUUGAACCGAUGUCGGACAAUGAAGGAGAUUCGCGAGGAUGGUGUUUGGUGGAGGUUCUUGGACCCCAACGUCAGCUGGAGCGAGGUCUUACAUUCUCACCCCGCGUCCUCGGUGCCGAAGAACAACCUCAAGGCGCCUCCUCUUGACCCUGCAAAUCCCACACCUGCGCAUGCUUGGCUGCCAGUUCCGUCUACAUCUGCAAAACUGAAGAAUGCAUCAGGGACAUCGUCUUCUCCGACCGCAGAAGCACCAGGUCCGGAGAUACUGGGCCGCUUUCCCCCGGAGUCGCGGAAACUGAGCGAGAAAGAGCUGGACCCCUACUUUAUCAACUUUGAAGCCUCAACUCGGGAACUGGAGCUUCUCCUCCAGGGUAAUAUGGAGAAGGUAAAUCGACGAACACUUGCACACUUGUCCGGACUGUCCGCAGAUUUGAUGGAGCUGGGAGCGCGGUACAAUGGAUUUUCGCUGUCGGAACAAUCCCCAACCGUAGCCACUGCAAUCGAAAGGGUUGGACAGGCAGCGGACACGUCUUAUAUUGAGACAGAAGAGUUGUCGCUUGCGCUGGGAGCAAACUUUGCGGAACCCAUGCGGGAGAGCGCUCAGUUCGCCAGCGUGGUUCGCAGCGUCCUACGAUACCGAGUGCUUAAGAGGGUGCAGGAGGAUAUGACAAGAGAUGAAUUGGCGAAGAAGAAGAGCCUACUGGAGUCACUGGAGAGAAGCGAGCAGGAGGCGAAGCGCAUAGAGCAGUACCUCAACCGCACCUCGCCGCAGGGACCGACAAAGCAGCGGUCGUUAUCCCAGUCAUCGGCGACAAGCAGCCAUGGUGACACCGAGGAAUCACGGCCGAGCGGCGAAGACACGGCGUCUAUUGAUUCGGAUUUCCCUCCCACCCAUGCAGAGCACCCGUCGCAACGGUACCCAGAGUCAGGGCAGACGUCGCCCCCGGCGCACCGCAAGACAUCGAGUGGGACGUUUGUCGCCAACAAGAUUUUCGGGCGCAUCAGUCACGCGGUCCAUGGAUUCGUGGACGUCGAUCCCGAGCGGACACGGCGGGACCACAUUGGAAAGACUAAGGAAAGCUUGGUCCAGCUGGAGCAAGCACUGGCGGUGUCUGAGAAGGACGUCAAAGACGCUAGCGCAGGAGUCUUGCAGGACCUUAAGCGGUUCCAAAAGGAUAAGGAGGGAGAUCUGCGGCGGUACAUGGUCGCUUACGCGCGGUGCCACCUCAACUGGGCGCGCAAGAAUCUGGAGACAUGGACCGAAGCCAAAGAUGAGGUGGACAAAAUCGAGGCUCGGUAG